GUGGAGAAGAAGAAAGAAAAAAGGCAUUAAAAUUGAAGCAAAGCAGGCAGCAACCUUACAAUUUCAUUUCUCAUGUCCUUUUUGGCUUUUUCACCCACGAGAUUCUCUCACUCUCUCUCUUGUUCUUCAAAUUACUCAUCUCAACCACUGUUCAUUUCGCUCACACUUUUCUGUUUCAAGAUUCCUCCAUUAUCUCUCUCGCUUUGUUAACUUCAGUGGGUCUCUUUCCUCCUCCUCCUCCUUCCUUUCUUUCAACAUGGCUUUGUUUUAGUACCCAAAAAAUCAUGAUUCACACCAACAAACCAUGCCUCUUUCUUGCUCUCUUUUCCACUUUCACUUUCUUUUUCCCUUCUUUUGCUCUCAACACCGAUGCCACUCUCUUGAUUUCUCUCAAACGCUCCAUUCUCGGCGAUCCCUUGUCUGUUUUCGCUAAUUGGAAUGUCUAUGACGAUACCCCUUGUUCCUGGCUUGGAGUUACCUGCACCGACCUUCGAGGCUAUGGCGGCGGAUGGUCAGAUUUCCUCAGAGUCACUGCUCUCUCCCUCCCCAACAGUCAACUUCUGGGUUCCAUUCCUGAUGAGCUUGGAAGGAUCGAACACCUUCGUCUUCUUGAUCUUUCUGGUAAUUUCUUUAAUGGGUCUCUUCCCUUUACUAUUUUUAAUGCUUCAGAGCUUCGGAUUCUUUCUCUUUCCAACAAUGUUAUUUCCGGCGAGUUGCCGAUCGACAUUGGGGGUUUGAAGAGUCUUCAGGUUUUGAAUCUCUCUGAUAAUGCGUUGGCUGGGAAAGUGCCACAAAAUCUUACUGCUCUGAAGAAUCUUACUGUCGUUUCUCUGAGGAGUAAUUACUUUACCGGAGAGAUUCCGAGGAACUUUAGUUCCGUUGAGGUUUUGGAUCUGUCUUCGAAUCUGUUUAAUGGGUCUCUGCCGGCGUAUUUUGGUGGGGAGAAACUCCGGUAUUUGAACUUCUCUUACAAUAAAAUUUCAAGUUCUAUUCCGUUGGAAUUCGCUAAGAGGAUUCCAGUGAAUGUGACUAUGGAUCUUUCUUUUAAUAAUCUCACCGGAGCGAUUCCUCAGUCGAUUGCUCUGCUCAGCCAGAAAGCAGAGGUGUUCGCCGGAAAUGAAGAUCUCUGUGGGAAGCCAUUGAAACAUCUCUGUUCAAUUCCUUCUUCACUCACAACUCCCCCCAAUGUUUCUGAAACUUCAUCUUCUUCUCCAGCCAUCGCCGCCAUACCCAAAACAAUAGGCUCUGUUCCGGCAACACAGUCCCCCAGAGGUCCAAACGAUACACAAACUUCUCAGCCACAAAACACCAUGAAACCCAUCACAAUAGUUGCAAUAACCGUCGGAGACCUCGCCGGGAUCGCCAUUCUCGCCGCAGUGAUUCUCUACAUCUACCAUUACCGGAAACAUAAAACCCCCAGUUUCAAAACCGCAAAAUCCACCGACAAGAAACGGCCGAUUGACUCAGAAAAAAACCCUCAAACUAAUCAGAAAAAACCCUCAUCAUCAGUGUUGUUUUGUUUAGCCAACAAAGGAGAAGAGACAUCAGAGGCGACGAGUUCUUCAGACGGCGAAGAACAGAGAGAGAAACCCGGAAUGACCCAGGACAGAGAGAAUAGAGACAAUAAGAAGAACGGAGUACUAGUGACAGUGGACGGAGAAACAGAGCUGGAAUUGGAAACUCUGUUAAAGGCAUCGGCGUAUAUAGUUGGAGCAAGCGGGGGGAGCAUCGUGUACAAGGCGGUGCUGGAGGACGGGACGGCGUUGGCGGUGAGAAGAAUCGGCGACGUGAGCGUGGAGAGAUUGAGGGAUUUUGAGAGCCAAGUGAGAGGGAUUGCUAAGAUUCGACAUCAAAAUUUGGUGAAAAUUCGAGGGUUGUUUUGGGGAGAAGAUGAGAAGCUCAUCAUCUAUGAUUAUGUCUCAAAUGGCUGCCUUUCAACUUCCCUUCACAGAAAACCGAGUUCAUCGUCUUCUUCCCAGAGCCACCUAUCGUUUGAAGUCCGAUUAAAAAUUGCCAGAGGAAUAGCCCGAGGACUUGCCUUCAUCCACGACAAGAAGCACGUCCAUGGCAACCUCAAGCCUUCCAACAUCCUCUUAAACGCCGAAAUGGAGCCCUUAAUCGCCGAUCUCGGCCUUGACAAGCUCCUCUCCGGAAGGUCCAAGAUCGCAAUCGCCUCCAGUUCUGCACGGAACUUGGGCAGCCACAGAUCCACCCCGAAUCGCGAGAACCAAGACGGGAGCGGCGUUGGAAGCCCGUCGGUGAGCCUGGGAUCAGCGUACCAGGCGCCGGAAUCGCUGAAGAAUGUGAAAUCGAGUCCUAAAUGGGACGUGUACUCGUUCGGAGUGAUUCUAGUGGAGCUUGUGAGUGGGAAGAUUGGGACGGAGAGAGAAUUUGGGAGUGGUGAAGAGGAAGGGAGGAUUAAGAAGAUGGUGGAUUUGGCGAUCAGAGGGGAAGUGGAAGGGAAAGAAGAAGCGGUAAUGGGGAUAUUUAGAUUAGGGUUUAGUUGUGUUAAUUUGGUGCCUCAAAAGAGACCCACCAUGAAAGAGGCUCUCCAAGUUCUUGACAAAAUUGCUUCUUCUAUCACCUAAUUCGUUUCAUAAUUAUGGAGUUUUUUUUUUUUUUUUUUGUAUUUCUUUCUCUAAUUAUCUUUUUUUUUUUCUUUUUUAUAUGGUUAGGAUGGAAGGAUUUAGGUAUUGAUGUAAAGUGUGUGAGAGUUUUUUGUGGAUCAAAAUCAAUAUUGAUUUUUGAAGAAUUUAGCACAUAAAAUAAUGUGCACGUGUGUUGUGUAUAUUGGACCUUUUUUAAAUCUUUUUAUAA